UACAUCGUAGCCCAUGCCACUUGACGUUUUCUUUCCAACCUAGCACUUUGGAAACAUGGCCAGCCCCGUCGCCUCAGCUUCUAAACUUCUGUGCCGUGUAGGCAAUAGUUUACAGAACUUUUUGGCACCGGUUGCUGUCAAUUCAACUCAAAAAAGAAAUUAUGCUGGUCAGAAACGUAUCAAGGUUGCCAACCCUGUUGUGGAAUUGGACGGAGAUGAAAUGACUCGUAUUAUUUGGGAGAAAAUCAAGGAACAGUUGAUCUUUCCCUACCUAGAUGUAGAUUGUAAAUAUUAUGAUUUGGGUUUACCAUAUCGGGAUCAGACCAAUGAUCAAGUCACGAUUGAUUCUGCUGAGGCCAUCAAGAAAUAUAAUGUUGGUAUUAAAUGUGCCACCAUUACACCUGAUGAAGAAAGAGUUGAAGAAUUUAAACUGAAGAAAAUGUGGCUGAGUCCUAAUGGUACAAUCCGUAAUAUUUUGGGAGGAACUGUCUUCCGUGAACCUAUCAUCUGUCAAAGCAUUCCCCGUCUAGUCCCUGGUUGGACUCAACCUAUUGUCAUUGGUCGUCAUGCUUUUGGUGAUCAGUACAGAGCAACAGAUUUUGUAGCACCAGGUCCAGGUAAAUUAGAAAUGGUAUAUACCCCAGCAGGGGGUUCCCCUAAUAGAAUGGAGGUGUAUAACUUUACCGAGGGUGGUGUAUCAUUGUGUAUGUACAAUACUGAUGAGUCUAUCCAAGGGUUUGCCCAUGCUUGCUUCCAGUACGCCAUCAUGAAAAAAUGGCCACUUUACAUGAGCACGAAGAACACCAUCUUGAAACGUUAUGAUGGACGAUUUAAAGAUAUAUUUGAAGAAAUUUACCAAAAACAAUAUAAAUCUAAAUUUGAUGAAUUAAAGAUCUGGUAUGAACAUCGUUUAAUUGAUGAUAUGGUAGCACAAUGUUUAAAAUCGUCCGGUGGUUUCGUGUGGGGUUGUAAGAAUUAUGAUGGUGACGUACAAUCUGAUAUUGUUGCACAAGGUUAUGGUUCCCUUGGUUUAAUGACUAGUGUGCUAGUUUGUCCAGACGGUAAAACAAUAGAAGCUGAAGCUGCUCAUGGUACGGUUACCAGACAUUACCGAGAACAUCAGAAGGGUAAUGCCACCAGUACUAAUCCUGUAGCUAGUAUUUACGCUUGGACUCGUGGAAUGGAACAUCGUGGUAAACUUGAUGGAAACCAAGAUUUACAAAGAUGGGCAACUGUAAUGGAGAAAGCUUGUGUUGAUACCAUUGAUAGUGGUAAAAUGACAAAAGAUUUAGCUGGUUGUAUUCAUGGUCUUAAAAACGUAACACCAAGUCAUUAUCUCAACACAAUGGAUUUCCUUAAUGCCAUAGCACAGGAAUUCGACAAACAGUGGGCUCAACAAUAACAAUAUUGACUGUUAGCUAAUUAUUUAAAUAUAAAACUUAGAUCUUUUUAGACAUAAUUGGUAGAGAAGGGCAGCUACCCAUUUUAUUUUUCACUUUCAUGUUCAUGGACAUUAAAUUAAACAAUAAAAAAAAAUCUGAUUUAAUUUAAGGAUUAAUUAAUCAAUCAAUUUUAAAUUAAUUGAUCAUGUUUCCUCAACAAAAUAAAUUUUAAAUUUGUAUAAUUUUAAAUUUUGAUUGUAAAUUUACAUUUCACAGAGGUUUUUCUUUUUGUGCAAUUUUGUGAUUUAACUAUGUUUUUGUUUAAAAGAUCUGAUUAGUCAAACAAUUAUACAAGAAAAGAACCUGUUUGUAAAUUUUCUUCCAAUGUAUACAAGAAGCUACAAUUUAAAGAAGUAAUUUGUAGCUAGAAUUAGAUGUACAUAUCAAUCCAAUUACUAAUCUCAACUUCAACAACUAAUAAUUCUUGGUGCUCAUAAUCAAAAGAUUAUUCUUCUCAGUAUUUUAAUUAAAAUGGCUAAAUAUUUUUUCUCCUAUCACUUUUAUGUCUUCUCAAAACUAUAUACAUUUUCCCUGUAAAUCACUUUCGCUAAAUCAGAACAGAUGCAGUAUCGAAGUAAUCUUUUGAUGCAGUAUUUGUAUUCUUAUUAAAGAAAAAUCUAUUAGGGAAUAACAAUUACUGGUUUAUUAACAUGCAACCUGUGGAGGAUGAUACUCUCGUCUUUAUCUCUGUUCAAGUAUUAAUUCCUUCAUAUAUCUGUUCAUCACAUUUUCUGCCUUUGAGUAUAGAAACCAGUGCUAUGUAUAUAUAUAUAUAUAUUAUUUAGAUCUUGUUUUGAUAGUGCUAUAAAAGAGUUAUGACCUGUUAUGUACAGUUAUAAAUUGACGAGUGCCAUUAUGUAACACUAGCGUAGCUAGACUGUGCUAGAUGAAUGAAAAAAACCAUUAAAAUUUACAUAAAAAUAGAAUAA